AGCGGGAGACCUGUACUGUACAAUAGCGCUCUGAACGCCACAGUUCCCGGAUCGCCCUGCGGAGCGCGUUCGCGGCGGUGGCCGGUGGAUCCAGGAUCGGGGAGCGGGCGCGAAGGAUGGCAGCCUCCGGCGCAGGGACGAGCAGGGCGGUGCACGGCGCCGGAGACGCGCUCCAGCGGAGACAGAGAGGAGCCGCGGGACACCUGUCCACCGCGUACCUGCUCAUCUACAACGUGGUCAUGACGGCCGGGUGGCUGGUCAUCGCAGUGGUUCUGGUCCGGGAGUACCUCGCCAAGGGCACUUACCACGGCCUCUACUACUCUAUAGAGAAGCCCCUGAAGUUCUUCCAGACCGGCGCCGUCCUCGAGAUCCUGCACUGUGCUGUUGGGAUCGUUCCGUCGUCAGUGGUGCUCACCGGGUUCCAGGUGAUGUCUCGAGUGUUCCUCACCUGGGCCGUGACUCACGGCGUCCGGGAGGUGCAGAACGAAGACAGCGUCCUGCUCUUUGUGGUCGCCUGGACCGUAACGGAGAUCGUCCGCUACUCCUUCUACACGUUCAGCCUCCUGAACCACCUGCCGUAUUUCGUGAAGUGGGCCAGGUACACCUUCUUCAUCGUGCUCUACCCCAUGGGCGUCACGGGAGAGCUGCUGACCAUCUACGCAUCCCUACCGCACGUUCAGAGGACGGGCCUCUACUCCCUCACUCUGCCCAACAAGUACAACUUCUCGUUCGACUACCACACCUUCCUCAUCCUCACCAUGGUCUCCUACAUCCCCCUUUUCCCCCAGCUCUAUUUCCACAUGCUGCGGCAGAGGAGGAAGAUCCUGGGUCGCCCGGAGCAGUACGGCAAAGUGGAGUAAACACACCCCCGGGGGGAGGCCUGCAGGAGCCGGAGCCAAUGGGGGAUUAGACGGCGUUCCUGAGAUGCCCCAUAGAAUCCGAUUCCAGAACCUUUCGACUGUAAUCGUUUCUAAAAUGCUAGUUUGCGGUAUAGUAAUUCUGGCAGCGAGGCUCAUUCGCGCACGAACACACACACACACACACACACACAAAAUGCAAUAACUACUGCAAUAACUAACACUGUUCCACUAGCAGGAAACACACCGUACACUAAGUGUGUGAUGAACCACUGUGACGUUUGUUUUUGCUCCAUUCCGCGCAUUUCUUAUUUUCCGAUUGUAAUGCCAUUGUUUUGUCCUAGUUUAAUUUUUUUUUUUUUUUUAAGUAAUGUUACAGGUUCGGAGGAGGUUACAGGUUCCACUCCUGAGCUUUUUAUGAUGGUUGAUUCAUUUUCUUGGAAUGUGACCAAGGAAAGGAAGACAUGGCAAGGAGUUUAUACGGCGAUCAUAUAAAUUGUCACUUUAAUUUUUAAAAAAAAAUCUUUAUCCUGGAGGAAUUAAUACGUCGAACUUGUAAUCCUUAAUGCUUCCGAAGCUAACCCAGCUGUGAAAUAUUUGGGAAGAGGGAAAAAAAUUCCUGUGGGGAAUGACGAAAGCUCGCAAGUGGAGGGUUGAGACCCGGGGACUUGGCCGGAUGGAGGAGAGAGGAGCCGUGCGCUGCCAGGCCGCAAAAUGAAUUAUAGUAAAUUGUCACGCAAAUGCAGGGCGGUGAACGAGAGGAAGAGCGUGGGACGGUCAGUAGAGCAAAGUCUCCGGAAUGAAGUCUUUGUGAUGGUAACUUUGCCGACGGUGUCCAAAGCACAGCGGUUAUGAGCAGGGCUGUCUUACAUUAUUCAUUAUUGGAGUAAAUAAUUGUCACUGUAAUUAUAAGUGUUGUUGUAUUAGUCUUUGAGGAUUUUGUCACAUUUUUAAUGGUUUUUUUCAUUCUUAUGGAAUUCAUUUUAAUAUACAGCAGAGGAAUUUCAUUUGUGCUACUCAUGGUCUCUCAAGGUCACUUAAACGCUGCGCAACUGUAAAGUCUCGCUUCUGCAUCGCAUUUAAUGCAGAAUUGGAUUAUAGUUUUUAAAAAAAAAAGUUGAAAUUUGUGAACAAAGUGCUUUCCUUAUUGAGCGUUCAAAUUUGCAAAACUUUUACUGAGAACGCUGCACUUUUAAAGUCCAUGCAAUAAGAAUGAGUAGCAAGUAGUUUAUUUCUCAGGUCAAUCUCAGGGUGGAGGAGUCAGUGUGUGUAGGAGCCCUUUUACACUCCUUGAACACUGUGUGUAUUUUACAUUUAUUCUUGCAUUAUCUGACACUUUUCUCCAA